GUUACCGGUCUCGCCAUGGAGCGGAAAGGUGAGCGGCGAAGCGGCCUUCGCCACGAGGGGCAACGGCCGCCGGGGCGAGGCCCGGUCAGCGGGGAGCUUCGCCGAACCGCCGCAGUCGGGUCCCCGGCAGUGCGGCGCCCCUCCACUGAGGUGGCGCCGCCCCUCAACCCCCGCCUCAGGGCUGCGGAUCCGCGCCCCUCCGCCCGGGCGUCCUUCCACGCCGGCAGUCAUCGCCCCUUGUUCCCCGCCGGGCCGACCCCCGUCUUGGGGCCACUGCAGAACCUCGCUCUCCGCGGGCGAGGCCGAUCCUCGCCCGCCGGCCCCCCGCCCCGGCCCGGGCCCCCUCUGGCGCACCCCGCCUCGGCGCCGCUCUGCGCCCCGUGGGCCGCCCGCCUCCUGGCCAGCCGCUUCGCCGAUGCCGCGGCGCUCGCCCCGGAGCCGCCCCUCCGGCGGGCCCCGCAGUCGGGCCUCGCGCCGCUGCUAGGUGCCCACCCUCACCUGGGUCACCUCCCUUCUCCCACCUCCGCCCUUCAUCCAUCCCUCUCUCCUGCAGUGCUUGCGCUCCAGGCCCGAAAGAAAAGGACCAAGGCCAAGAAGGACAAAGCCCAAAGGAAAUCUGAAACUCAGCACCGAGGCUCUGCUCCCCACUCUGAGAGUGAUCCACCAGAACAGGAAGAGGAGAUUCUAGGUUCUGAUGAUGAUGAGCAGGAAGAUCCCAAUGAUUAUUGUAAAGGAGGUUACCAUCUUGUGAAAAUCGGAGAUCUAUUCAAUGGGAGAUAUCAUGUGAUCCGAAAGUUGGGCUGGGGACACUUUUCAACAGUGUGGUUAUCAUGGGAUAUUCAGGGAAAGAAGUUUGUAGCCAUGAAAGUAGUUAAAAGUGCUGAACAUUAUACUGAAACAGCACUAGAUGAAAUCCGGUUGCUGAAAUCAGUGCGAAAUUCAGACCCUAAUGAUCCAAAUAAAGAAAUGGUUGUUCAACUUCUAGAUGACUUUAAAAUAUCAGGAGUUAAUGGAACACAUAUCUGCAUGGUGUUUGAAGUUUUGGGGCAUCAUCUGCUGAAGUGGAUCAUCAAGUCCAAUUAUCAAGGGCUUCCACUGCCUUGUGUCAAAAAAAUCAUUCAGCAAGUGUUACAGGGUCUGGAUUACUUACACAGCAAGUGCCGGAUCAUCCACACUGACAUUAAACCAGAAAACAUCUUGUUGUCGGUGAAUGAACAGUACAUCCGGAGGCUGGCUGCAGAAGCCACAGAAUGGCAGCGGUCUGGAGCUCCUCCACCUUCUGGAUCUGCAGUCAGUACUGCACCCCAGCCUAAACCAGCUGACAAAAUGUCAAAGAAUAAGAAGAAGAAAUUGAAGAAGAAGCAGAAGCGCCAGGCAGAAUUACUAGAGAAGCGAAUGCAGGAAAUUGAGGAAAUGGAGAAAGAGUCGGGCCCUGGGCAAAAAAGACCAAACAAGCAAGAAGAAUCAGAGAGUCCUGUUGAAAGACCCUUGAAAGAGAACCCACCUAAUAAAAUGACCCAAGAAAAACUUGAAGAGUCAAGUACCGUUGACCAGGAUCUAACACUUGUGGAACGUGGUGUAGAGGGUGGUACAGCAGAAAUUAAUUGCAAUGGAGUAAUUGAAAUCGUUAAUUAUACCGAGGACAAUGAGGACAGUAAUAAAGAAACACUGAGGCUUACAGAUGACCUACAUAAUGCUAAUGACUCUGAUCAAAAUUUGAAGCAGGAAACUAGUUUCCUAAGCUCCCCAAAUGGAGACAGCAGCACAUCUCAAGAAACAGACUCUAGUACACCUGUAACCUCUGAGGUGUCAGAUACUGUGGUGCGUCAGUCUUUAUCAAAUGUAGACCAGUCACUCAGUGAACAGGACAUCAGUCAGCUUCAAGAAAGUAUUCGGGCAGAGAUACCUUGUGAAGAUGAACAAGACCAAGAACAUAAUGGACCACUGGACAGCAAAGGGAAAUCUACUGCUGGAAAUUUUCUUGUUAAUCCCCUCGAACCAAAGAAUGCGGAGAAGCUCCAAGUGAAGAUUGCUGAUCUUGGAAAUGCCUGUUGGGUGCAUAAACAUUUCACUGAAGAUAUUCAAACAAGACAGUAUCGCUCCUUGGAAGUUCUGAUAGGAUCUGGCUAUAGUACCCCUGCCGACAUUUGGAGCACGGCAUGCAUGGCCUUUGAACUGGCCACUGGUGACUAUUUGUUUGAACCUCAUUCAGGGGAAGAGUAUACUCGAGAUGAAGAUCACAUUGCAUUGAUCAUAGAACUUCUGGGGAAGGUGCCUCGCAAGCUCAUUGUGGCAGGAAAAUAUUCCAAGGAGUUUUUCACCAAAAAAGGUGACCUGAAACACAUCACGAAGCUGAAACCCUGGGGUCUUUUUGAGGUUCUAGUGGAGAAAUAUGAGUGGUCUCAGGAAGAGGCAGCUGGCUUCACGGAUUUCUUACUGCCCAUGUUGGAGCUGAUCCCCGAGAAGAGAGCCACUGCCGCUGACUGUCUCCGGCACCCUUGGCUCAACUCCUAAGCCCCAGCCCAGCUCCGCAGCAGAGACCACACGCCGCCCCUCCGCUUCCCUCCAAGCAUUUCCCUCUCCCUUUUCAGGUGAAGCUCUUUCUUCAAGGGUUUCUAGGUUUUGGGCGGCUUUUUAUAUUUUUCCAACAUGUUCAUUUGGGUCUGCUUACUUGACCCUGUGGAGAUUCCCCCACAGCCAUUGGGCAUCCUAGGUGAAUUUGGCCUUGAUUGGGCUUUGCCAAAGACUAACGGACUAAAAUGUGGAACAGCCUCUCGCCCUGUGCCCUUGUCUUUCCAUUAGGACAUCCUUUAAAUAAUAAGCAGCCUUUUUAAAAAGAGCUAUGAAUAUGUAGGAGCUCAUCCUUUUAUUCACUGACUCUAAGAGUCAAAUUUUCUAAUGCAUAUCCUCUUGCCAGCAUAAGGAUGAGAAGGGGGGAAGGGUGACUCUCUGUACAGCAGAGACAUUAAACUUGCUGUAUCCAGGCUGCACCAUCUUCCUGGAUUGUUUCUGUUGUUCUCUAUGUUCACAUUUUUUCCUGCGACUUUUAAGCUACUGUCUAUUUUUAAAUGCGCUGUAUAAACACCAAAUUUGGGUACCAUUAUAUCACUGUUCAAAAUAAUGUCAUGUUCUCUUAAUAAUUCUAAGAGUCUUGCAACUUCAGUCUGAUUUUUGACGGAAACAAAAACAGAACCAUUAACUAGUUAUUUCUUCAGAACCACAGGUGUCCUGCAAACUGUCCUUUCCUACAUGUCUUCUGUUGUCCUAAAAGCAGUUAUUUUGAUAGGCUGUUUGAGGGGUCUUGGGGGGUUUUUUGAAUCCCUGGCUGGCAUUUGACUCACUUCACUUGAGUUUAUUUCCCAUGGCUAAAGAAUUCAGGCUGACUCUAGAAAGGAGAUCUGGGCUUCAGAGAUUUCCCAUCUAACAAGAAAAUGUCCUAGAGUUCUUAAUCCUUUUCCAAAUGGUCCCCAAAUGUUAUUUACAGCAUUUUCUUUGCCUUGUCCAAAAUUCAGCUUUGGAGCAGUUUCCCUCUGUGGCUUUGCCUUUCUCAUUUUCUCAGAGGCUGCAGGUCUUAAAUGAAUUUCUUAAAUGAAAUCCCAGGAAAAAAGAACCGGGGCAGGGGGAGGGAGGGAGAGUUGGCACUUGUUUCAUUAUUUUGAGGGUUUGGGUCUUUUGUGUGUGUGUGUGUGGUUGGUUUAGGAUUAACCAUUCUCUGCUGCUAUUUCCUUGUAUAAUGUAAGUUUUUAACUGCAAUUUUGAGAUGAUUGGAUGUAUUUGAGGUGUUUUCUUUUUCAAAUGAGAAAAGGCUUUAUGAAUUUUAUUUUAGGGUGGGUCUCUCUCAGACUUGCCCUAGACUGCAUAUUUCUCAGUUCAUAUUGAAAAGUAAAAGGGGCAUGAUAGAGGCCACAGCCGCUUGUUGAACAUGGACCAAGAGGGCCUCGGGAUCGCACUCCGGAAGCGCUCCAGGACUGAUUCACAGAAGCCAAGGAGGUGCAGCGUGAGGCUCUGCUAGCAAAGCUCCCAAGGAGACGGGUAGCCAGCUUUCUGUACGGGAAUUGGAAUAUAGAUUCUGUCAUUCAUUCACCAACAGUGGGAAAGGAAAAAGUGGUGCAAUUAUGCAAUCCAGUUUACACAUUACCCUGAAUAACUAUGGCAAGCCGUUCAUUGGAUCCUUGAUUGGGUAGUCCUGAAAUCAUACAUGUUCCUGUAGAAACCAUCUUUUUUUAAUUUUUUAAAAUAUAUUUUUAUUGAUUUCAGAGAGGAAGGGAGAGGGAGAGAUAGAAAUAUCAAUGAUGAGAGAGAAUCACUAUUUGGCCACCUUUUGCAUGCCUCCUACUAGGGACCGAGCCUGCAACCUGGGCGUGUGCCCUGGCCGGGAAUCAAGUCUUGAUCUCCUUGUUCAUAGGUCGACACUCAACCACUGAGCCACACUGGCCCGGCCCUAUAGAAAGAAUUUUAAGUGAGGCUGCCUAUGCAUCUAUCAAGAAUAAAGAGAAUAGAUUGUACCAAACAACGGCAGGGAAAAUCCUUCAGCAAUUCUAAUCCACUUUGGAUUUUCUGCGAUAUAUAUACAUCUAAAGCAAUAGCAGACUAGAACUGAAUUCUACACUGUCAAAUCACAACUGUGGGAUUACAGGAAUUCUGGUUAUGAUAUUAAGAUGAAAUAACAAAAACACAAAUAGCCCCAUUUUAACAGUUGACAUGAAAAGAACUUUUAGUAGAACCUGUAACUUCAUUUUGGAACUCUUUCUCGUGACAUAAGGGCUUCCCCCAUUAUUUAAGGAGCCAGAUGAAUUAGAAGCCGUAGAAAGAGGCAGCUGUAGAAUUUGAUCUUCCAAGUACCCUGUGUACCUUAUUGAAUUUAAUUAUAAUACGUCAAAUUGCCACGGUCUCACAAAAGGAUUUCUAUUUGCUGUCAGUUAAAAAUAAAACCCUGAGUCCAUUUUUACUCUUUCUACUGGAUGCAUUCUGUUUUCUUUGUAAAUGCAAUACAAUAAACGGUUUAAUAACCCACA